AGGAAAAUAAUAAUAAUAAUAAUAAUAAUUAAAAACAAAUAAAAAUGUCGUUAGCACGAGACUUUCAUUCAAAUAUUCGUUCUUCUAUUCGUAUUAAUGAUGUUUUACAACGUCGGCGACGGCAAAGACAAGCCAGAAAUUUAAUUUCAAAUAAUCCAAAUAAUAAUAAUCAAAAUAAUAAUCAAAAUAAUAAUCAGAAUAAUAAUCAGAAUAACCAUCAAAAUAACCAUCAAAACAACAAUCAAAAUAUCCUACUUUUUCAACGCCAACAAUAUGCACAACAGUCUGAAAGGCAAUAA